GACGGGAGUGUUGAUAGAGUGUUGUUCGCAUGGAACAUGGCUUUGUUUUGUUCUUGCCUAGCUGGUUUGACUAGCGAGAAUGGAAUUUUCAAUGUUUGAAGAACGAURCUACAAAAUUAGACCAAAAGGGAUUCAAUAUAGGAUAUAUGUGAAAGGGACAAUGAUGUCAUCGCAAUAGUGUGUGGAAAUCAUCGCAAGGAAAUCAUGAAUUUUGUUUCACAGACCAUUAAACCCAAUCUUUGAUAAGUGAAGGAUCGAAAAAACACCUGGGUAUUGAGGAGGAAUGUGACUUUACUUUCUAGUGCUGGUUUUUACGGUAGAGGUAGUAUGUAUUGUAUUAUUUAGUGUGUUCAACAAAGACUACGAAAAGAAAUACGACACCAUCAAAAACCUUUUGAUUGCGACGGAAAAUUGUUUUUAAAACAGGAAAAACCGGUUUUGGCCGGUAUUGAGCAAUGUAUUAUUUCCCUUCUCUGGGCAUUCUUUCGUAACCGGACGGUCUCUAAUCCGUGUUGUAUUGUGAUUGCUGCCUUUGAAUGGUUUGACGUUUGACUCGUUUACUUUCUCUAGCCAAACAUUACAUGGAAUUCGUUUAUUUAUUUGGACUAUUUUGACAUCUAUUCUUUUUCGAUGAUAACAAAUGCGCCUCGAAAAAUUGGCAUGUGUUCAAGUAAUAUAUUUGUAUUAAGAUUGUCCUUUAUUUCUCAACGCUACAGGAUGUACAAGUCAAUAAAUGCAAAGUGAAACUAGUUUGAGAGUGUUUUUGUCGCCUCAAUUUCAAUUUGCGCGUUUAUAGACCUGUAUAAAAAUCUUGAUUGAACAGAGAGUGGGUUGAUUAUUUUUAUCUUAGCUUACAUCUUAUUUUGCCUAAUUGUCUGUAAAGUAAGAAUAUCUUAAAAGAAAUAGGUGUAGAAUAUUUAAUGUGUAGAAUUAAUUUGCCAACGCGACAGUAUGUUCUCUGUUCGAGCUGCCACGCUGCCCUGUGUGAUUUCCCGCGUGACGUCACCUGAAGUAUUAUGAAUCACGUGAUGAUAGUAAACGCAUGCGUACUCAACGUUAUUUUUCCCUUCGUUGAGUUUAGAGUAUAAGGCAAAUGGAAGAAAGUAAAGCACUGUUAUGAGUGGAUUUGACCGUCCAAAUCUCUUCAUACAAUACUAUUGACUGUGAUACACGAAAGAUUAGGGAUUGUAGGGUACGAUAUUACUUUAAAAAGGGAUAUUGGUGGAUUUUCAUGUUGACAAUUGGACCUCGAUUUGUGUGGUUGUCUCACAUCGAUGAAACUUGGCCAAGCAAACGUGCCUCUUUUAAAGGUCUGAGGAUUCUUUGCCAGUUGUAGCCGAUGUAAAGAUGCGUGGCCCUAUAGUAAUUCUGGCUACAUCUAGUGGUUAUUGGAGACGUUUUUAGCGGGGUUAUAGAACCCCUGAUGCUGCCUCCAUGACAGCAGGGACGGAUCCUGAACCUGCUGAGCCAUCCCGUGCUAUCAAAAUGCCUAGCAUUAUGCAGAUCAGCCAUAUCCCAUAUCUGGACCAUAACUAUGGACAACCCCCUCCUAUGACACCCCCUGACUCCAACAGCCCUGGCCCUGAUGACCUUGACACUGGUAAUGAAGAAGACGAGGGAAAUGCUGUUACAAGAUGUAUAUGUGGAUUUGAUCAUGAUGAUGGCUACAUGAUUUGCUGUGACAAAUGCAGUGUUUGGCAGCAUAUUGAGUGCAUGGGAAUAAGCUCUGAAUCUUUACCUGACAAUUAUCUAUGUGAACAGUGUGAACCAAGGCUUUUAGAUCGAGAACGCGCUAAAGGGAUUCAAAUGAAGAAGAARGAAGAAAUGAGUGAUGAUGAUGAUGAUGAUGAUGAGAGUGGAGAAGAAGCGGAUGGUACGACAUACACAGCAUUUUCAAAUACCCCUACAAGAAUUACCUUAACAGCAAAAGUUAGCCACACAAAGAGAAAGAAUGUAGGGAUUAAAAUGAAGGUACAGUUCAAGUGUCAAUCAAACUUCAUAAAUAAAUCAUCCAGCCAACUCAAUCAUUCCAUCAAUUCAUUAUUCCAUUUUGUUGGUGAAUUAAAACUUUUAACAUCAUUACAGGGWGAGAGAGAAAAGGAGAAGAAAACUAAGAGAAGAAAGAGAAAAGAAUACUCAAAGCAACGAAUUCCUACAGAAUUUAUUCCAGUUGAUGAGGAAACCAAUGGACCAUGGGAAAAUAGCUGCAACAGGGUUGACUACUACCAAGAAGCAAAGGAAUGCACUUACACAUCGUCAAUGGAGGAGUUUAUGGCUAAACUAGCUCAGACUAACCAUGUAAGGUGCAUCGCAGAUGGAAUAGAACAGUUUUGUAAAGUAGUUGAAGUCCAGAAAAAUACUAAGGGGUUGGUUGCCACUGAAGAUCUUUACAAAGACCAAUUUCUUAUCAAAUUCAAAGGGAAAAUGAUGUUUGGGUCUGAAUUUGAUGAAGAAAAUCCUAUGUUUAGAAGGUACAUUCCCUUUGUGAUAUUCUACCAAUGUAUGGACUUCCCAAAGAUAUGUGUUGAUGCCAGAGUGUUUGGUAAUGAAGCAAGGUUUAUCAGAAGAUCUUGCUCGCCUAAUGCUGAGGUCCGUCAUGUACUUCAAAAUGGCAGGCUCUAUCUAGCAGUGUUUUCUCUAAACCCUCUCCCCAAAGGUGCUGAAAUAACCAUACCAUUUGAAUUCCAAUUUGCUGAUUAUCACUGCUCGUUAUCAUGUGCUUGCGCGCAAGAUACAUGCGCAGUAGCCAAGUACAAGUUAAAAUGUCAAGUGUCAGGGCAAGAGCUCAAUAGCAUCGCAGAACAAAAUGGACAUAGGUUGUGUGAUGAUAGUAGUAAUUCAAGCCAUAAUCCGCUAAUGGCUUCUCCACUCCGAGCAGCAAUGUCAUCUCAAAACAGCGUACAGGGGGACAGCGAUUCCGAUGCCGACAACACAUUUGAUAAAUCAAAUGACGGWGAAAGCAGGAGAAAGAAACUUAGCCGAGAAGAAAGAAAGCUMGAAGCUUACGUCAAACAAAUCGAAAAAAUGGAAAAGAAAGAAAAGAAGAGACAGCAACCUCAAAAAGAGCAUCGCCAAGUUAUUCGAGUGUCGUCCGACGAGGGCGUCAAACCUCAUAUUAARGGGAUUAGRUGYCCUAAGAGACUUAAUCACAAACGAAGAUCUAAUGGAACCUCUAGUUUAAAGAAAAAAAGAGCUAGAGUAUCAAGUUGUUCGUCUGAACCUCUGUCUCCAGACGAGGUCAGUAGUUCUGCAUCCACUCCAACUACACCAAAACCAGUGGCAACUAUCCCAGAAGAAUCACCCAAUGAAACUCCUUCAACGUCACCGAGCAGGAAUUUUAGAUUUCCUAAGGGAAAGAUGGACGAAAACAGCCAAGAUGCUGUUAUAACUAGUACACUUUCGAGUCCAACCUCUCCCUGUAGUCCUCGGGAGAGUGAGACUGACAUUAAACCAACUCUUAGCACUGCCAGCAGUAAUAGUGAUAUUGCUAUGGCUAUUGAAAUGGAGGAAUCUGAAGCAGGACGAUUUGAAGAAUCUUGUGAUAACUCUCUGAACCAUCAAAGGGAUAUCAGUCGAGAUUUGUCGGUUCGAUUGGCUGAAAUUAGUAAUGUGUCGAGAAGUGAAUGCAAUACUCCUAGUCCUUGUCCUUCUUCAUCAGCAUCACCAACAAGCUCCGAGAGUGUAAUGAACGGUUGUCCUUCCAUUACGUUCAGCGGUGCGCGUAGUCCUGGGCCUGCGCCUGGGAGUCCGCUAGCGGCCAUGCUUCACGGGGUACGAUCAACACGAACAAACCCACUUUAUUGCUCUUUGAAAAAGCGAUGGCUCUACAAGUUCUUGAACAGUCAAAAUGGAGUUGGGGUUGGUAGGCCCGUYAACGGAGUACGGAAUUUGACUUUUCCGGAUAAACCCAAAGUGACAACCCUUGUCAAUCUCAAGCCAACGGCGACGUACAAAGAGCCUCUUCCUCUGAAGAAGCGAUAUUUAAGGAUUGCAAAUUCGAAUACCAMCACGAAGAUUCCUGUUAGUCAUCCAGYCRCAAACGCAGUUGUUACUACGAUUGAWUCAAAACCAAACGAGGCUUUUACUAGCCAAACGAACUCUACAAACGAGACGAACAAAUUCAUGAAAUCUGGACUUGAAARGCAAUUCAGUAGAAGUCCUACGGUGGCUCAAACUGAUUCAAGAACAAUACGGACAAUAUCAGAGACUAGAGCGUUGUCGCCUGCGGGAUURUUUCGUCCYGUCGAGUCAAGCUCACMACAAGSGWGUAUUAGCAAAGGUACAAUUGAUACGACRCCAGAUAUAAAACMRGUUAUAAUAAGUACGACAGCAAUACAACGGACUAGUGAUCCAAGGCAGCAAAGUCCAUCGUCUUCUAUUCAAGCUACGUCCAUCGCGCAGUCCACAACAGUUACUUCAACACCUGCAUCGAGUGUCACGCAGAGCAGUGAUGUAAGUUCGGGUACGCCGGGAAAGAAAAAGGUGUCGUUAUUGGAAUAUCGUAACAGGUCGUUACAACGGUUAUCAGGAGAUGGACCWAAACCAUCUAGUAUUAGCACCACCUCUACGACGUUAACGACAUCUUCAACACCAACUAAACCAUCAUCCACAAGUAAUUCAACCUCUAAUCAUCAAAUUAACAAGACCGAUAGUACAAAUGGGCCGUCAGUAGAACCAGUCAGUCCUGACGAAGAUGAACGAUACCCAGCGAAUCGGCUUAAGAUGAAUAAAGUGGCACACUCGCCUUUGUACGAGGCUGAACUGAACUCGAUAAGAGUUCGAAAGAAAGAAGUUGGGGUUUCUUUGUACCAGAAAAAAAUAGCGGCGCUUAUUUCUGAACAGUUGAUGAGUGAUCCAAGCAAUUCGCCCAGUUCAUCGAAAUCACCAAGUACAGCAUCCAGCUCACCAAGUAUACCUCCCCCUCCACCACCCCCACCRUCGGACACGGCCGGCAAGGGCGAUGCCAUGGAGAUCGAAGAAGAGGAUGGUCCWAACGAUCAAAAGAUCUUUGUUACAACUCCCAUAGUUCAAUCCUCGAGACCAUCAAUGCAGACACAUAGYCAACCAUCGUUAAUGGCUGAUUAUAGACAUCCGCAUCAUCCACAUCAGGUAAAAAUAGACUUCAAUCAUGAUCACCAUCCGCACGUACAGUCAUCAAUCMUUGCGCCAAUGAUAUCACCCUCUUCAACACAGCUACCAAGCCCAAUGUCUGCGCAACCACGUGUUUCUGCAUCGCCGUAUCAUCUCAAUCAAGCCAUCCCAUCACAGAUUCGCUUCCCAGCUUCGUAUCAGAACCCUUCAUUGCCUAAUGCGCCCUACUAUCAGCAAUAGUUAGAKCYUGUUGUGUGUAUAUAGAUGGUUAACUCGUAGAAACAAGCGGUUAACGCGUAGAAGCAAACCUUUAUUGUACAUUACCGAUGUUGUUUUAAUGGUACUUGGUUUUGGUUACCGCCAUCUUUGGCUAAAUUGUGAAACACUUUAGAGUUUAAACGCUGGAGUUAGGGCAUUAAACCCAUGAAAUUAUUAGUUGUAAUUAGUAAACAAAACAGUCAAACAAUAGAAUUAGCGACCAACUAAGGUAUAAAUAGUCUAAAUUCUAUUUCACGGGUUUCUUGCUCUAUCUCCGUCUCCGUGAAACAGUACACGAUAAUAGAUAGUACCGGUUGAAAAUGGCAUCAAGGUAAAAAGAGCGAUUUUUACCGGACUGUCACAUAAAGUUUUUUUUUGUCAGAGUGGCUUUCCUUUAGUGUGAAACAGUACUCGGUAAAAGUUCGUAGUGAUCACGAAACUUGCUUUUUGUUCGCUAUCUACUAGCAAGAAUAAUCGAUGGCAAUUUUCUUUCACAUUCGCAAAAAGCCACUCUAUUUCAUCAGUACUGUGUCACGGAUCGAGUGCUUAAACUCUAAAAAUUGGCGGCAUCUAUUGAACUCGGCAAUAUUGUACAUUGUAGUGUCAUAUUUUUGUAGGUAUAUUAUCAGUGUUUGGUAACCUACGGUAUUCAGACUUACACACAGCGUUCGUUAAUAACGUUCCUUGUAUUAUAGGCAUCAAUUACAGUGUAUUUUAGAGUACUUAUAGUGUGAAAUAAACAGAAAUCUAAGAGAAUCUAA